UCGAGUCUUGCGAUGGGAGGGACAUGACGCAUGAGUUGCACUCAAGGUGUCAAGUUCGUGUCCUGGCGAAUAUUCGGAGCAACUUGAAGCAUUUGAAGGAAAGUUUCUGACCUCCUUCAUGUUUUUCCUAAUCAACUGUUGUUCUGGCUGCAAAAUGACCAAUGACCUCUGACGUAACCCAAUCCAGAGCCUUUUUCCUUAAUUUUUUCUUCCCUUCACCGUCCUGGUACCGUUAUGCGUAUGUAUUGACUGGUACCGUUUUGCAUGCACAUGUACUGACAACAAGAAUCGAGACCAACCAUCAAGUGGUGUCACUGCCAAUUGCGUGGGCACAACCGCCGAUGUGCACGCAAGAGAUGAUGGCCUAACUGGUGUCAUUGCGAUUGAUGUGAUUAUUCGCCCACGAUCCCUUCGCCUCUUCCAUCAUUCUUGUUACCCAGUCUCGCUUCAUUGGAAGUGGUGCCUGAGCCGCAUGCAAACGUAGUCUCUUGACACCAUCAAUCUCCAAACAGCCCAUGACCUCACCAAGCAACCAUCAUCCGAUGAUGACCGGGAUGGGCUCAUAAAACCAAAAACACAAAAAACAAUCAUUCAAUACAAGAUGAAAAAGCAAUCAUCCAAACUACUCCUUUUCCUCGUUCUCGAACUCGCAUCGAGAAAUGCAACCAAUGCCUUUCUCGCGACCAAACCACCAUCGCGUCGAGGCCAUGUAGUGGCAAAUGACAGAGUUGUACAGACAGCUUCGUCAUUGGCGAGCCCUACCCGGUUCACUGCGAACAAUCCAAUUCGCUCCCAGCAAAGUCAUCUAUACUUUGACUUGGCGUCAGUUCUGGAUCCCGUAUCAUUGCAAGACUCGCUGCCCCCCGUUUUGCAACAGCUAUCGCAAACUCUGUUUUUUCAGCCGACAGAGACCCUCUCCACAGCUCGUAUGAUCCAGACUGCGGGAGAGGCGUCUUUUGCGGGAUUGUUUGCUAUUGCUGCCGUCCAGGGGGCCUUGGUCAUGAGGCAAUAUCAGACCAAUCCCAACGGUGGCUUGAUUGUCCCACCUGGGUUGACGGUGGGCGACGAAGACGCCACCAAAGACACUAUACCCAUGGACUUUGCUGCUGCUGCACCAAUGACGAAUGGGGUGGCGGCAUUGAAAGCCCAGACUGUCAUGACUGAUGAGGAGAUCCAAGCCAUGGUCUGUAAUACAGAAGAUACCGAACUUUCUUGCGCCAUGAAGAAGCAAUGGUACCACAUCACCACUCAGGUUUUGGCCGUUGCACUCAUUCCGCUUGCAGCGGUUGCCGCGCCAUCUAUGGGCUUGGCAUCCUUCUUCCUCCGGUUUGAGCACAUUAUGCACUUGGCUGUCAUGUUUGGUUUGACACAUGUCUAUGACUUUUUUCGCAAGUUGCCCAGCAUGGAGACCCUUGCAGGCAAUAUCGAACGGCCAAGCGUAAGCGCACAACAGCAAGAACCAAUGUUUUCAGGAGACCACCCCCGUGUUAUGGUGCUCGGCGACAGCAUGUGUGUGGGGAUUGGAACUUGUGAGGUCUUCGACGGUGAAAAGGUCUAUGACAUUCCCCUUCACAAGGAAGAACAUUUGGCCGAUACCCCUGACGAUAUUCUCACUUCUGCCUCACCUGGCCCCGUCUUUCCCAAAAUCCUGGCAAAGACAUUGUCGCAGCGACUCCAAAAGCCCGUUGCGUGGAGGAGCGCAGGAGUCGACGGAGGUUCCACCUUAGACAUUGCCGAGCACUUGCUCGAGGUCGUCCAAGACGAAGUGGACCAAGACAAGGCACCAGACUUGGUAGUUGUUUUGACAGGAUCCAAUGAUCUGAAGCAUCUCUUGGAUGGUUCCGCUUCUGUCAAGGGAUUUCGAUCCAACUUGAUGGACUUGGCCAAACAAAUCCAAACCAUCUCCCCCAAGACAAGAGUGGUCUUCCCGGCACUCCCGACCUAUCGAAUGGACCAAAAAAGCAUCCUCAACGUGUUCCCUUUGAGUGUCUUUUUGGACUCGUUCAUGGGCGUUUGGGAUGCCCAAAAGAUGACGGUAGCAGACCAAUGCCCUGGAGUUAUGCAUGUGGACUUGACCGUCAAGGAUGUGAACAGCUGGUACCAGAAAGAAGAGGGCGAGGAACCAGUAAGUCUAAUUGCCGCGGAUGGAAUCCACCCAAAUGCAAGAUGCUAUGCAAAAUGGGGAGCCUUUGUGGGCAACAGCCUUGCUGAUCAAAUCUCGAACGAGUCUGUUUCGGAGCCCAGCAACUUUGUAAUGAACAAACCUUCGCACCAAGAACAGCACUUUGCGGGAGGCUUUGGCAUCCGUGCUUGAUUUGGCGCAGCCAAGCAACAUCAGCGCCUGUGAAAUAUUGCGAUUUGUAUAUAACUGAAGAACCAUUGAGGUAUUGCAGAAUGUAUUGAUGGAAAGAAUGCUACAAUUGAACAGAAUAGAGCCAAUAUAAAAGAUAAACAUAGAGCUAUUCAGUUUUGCUUUU